UUAAGCGUUUACAAAGAAGAAUGUCUGGUCUCUCUCAGAAUGCCCUCACUCACUGACAAGUGUUCACUUCCAUCUUCACAUCUUCAAGGUGUGUUGUGUCUUCUUUGUGUCAGUUUCUACCAUUGAUUGAACUGCUGCAAAUUUAACAAUAUUGCUGCACAAUUGGACUUGGAACUCCAACGAGGAACGGGAAAAAGAGAAGAUGAUUCUUCUUAUAUUCCUUCUCUUAUGUGCAGGAGAGGUGAGAACAACAUCGGCCUCAACCGCUAGUGCAACAACAGUUGACUCAACCACAUUACUGGUCAACCUAACAUCCACACCAGGCAAUGGAACCUCAAAUCCACCAAUCACCACAAUGUCUCCAGUGAAUGCCACUUCGCCAAUCAACAUGACUUCACCACCAAUCAAUGUGACGUCACUAACAGUCAACAUGACUUCCCCAACAGUCAAUCCAACCUCUCCAACUGUCAACAUGACGUCACCACCACUGAAUAUGACUUCCCCACACUUCAACAUGACCUCAACAGUCAACCCAACCUCAAAACCAGUCAACAUGACUUCAUCAACACCAGUCAACAUUACUUCAACACCAGGUAAUAUGACCUCACCAGUAAACCCCACCUCAUCACAAGUGAAUAUUACUUCAACACCAGUAAACAUGACAUCAACAUCAGUCAUCAUGACUUCACCACAAAUCAAUCCCAACUCAUCACCAGUCAACAUGACAUCAUCACCUCUCAACAUAACUUCUACACCAGUCAACUUUACUUCACCACCAGUCAACAUGACAUCACCAGUCAACCCCACCUCAUCACCAGUCAACAUGACGUCACCACCACUCAACAUCACCUCACUUCCAGUAAACUUCACCUCAUCACCAGUCAACAUGACAUCACCACUUUCCAACAUUACUUCACCACCAGUCAACAUGACAUCACCAGUCAACCCCACCUCAUUACCUUCAACAUGA